UGGACCGAGCCACACCAAUGGAGACACGUUGCAGACUCUGUGGGAACAGGAAGUGUCCUUAGUUGGUCUCCAGAAAGCGUCUUUGACUCGCGUCCUGCUUCAUUUCCAGAGAGACAGACUGCUACUCGUCCUCUGCGUCAGCGUCCUGUUCAUGUUGUGUCUGUUUGUCGGCUCAGGUGUCCUCGUCCAUGAGAUCCUCCGGUACAUCAUCCACCCUUCCUCCGUGUUGGUGGGUGUGGUUCUGUCUCUGGCUCUGGUCCUCGUCGAGCUGUCCCGGGUCGGCUGUCUUACUCUGUGCUUUGCCGUCAACCUGAGGACAGGAAUCAGGCUGAGGACAGGCGUCCUCAUGCUGGGCUUUAACAAGAUCCUGUCCCUGAGGGGACACAGAGGACAAGUGGGACAGAUAGUGGAUGUCCUGACCAGUGACAGUCUCCGCCUGUUCGAUGCCGUCCUGUUGUGUCCACUGAUGCUGCCCUUCCCGCUCCUCUUCGUCUUCUGCUCCGUCUACUCCGUCUACAUCCUCGGAUACACUGCCCUCAUCGGCUUCUUCAUCAUCCUCCUCUUCAUCGUCCUGCAGUGUGUGUUUGCCACACUCAUCAGUUGCCUCCAGAAGAAGUCGUUGAUCAUCACUGACAGUCGAGUCCAAAGUGUUAACGAGCUGCUGAGCUUCAUCAAACUCAUCAAGAUGUUCGUCUGGGAGACGUCGUUCACCGACAGGAUCACAGACCUGAGGAGGUCGGAGGUGAACGUGUUGCAGCGAUCUGCUCUGAUCCAGAAUCUCAGUGUGACCAUCAGUCCUCUGGUUCCCGUCAUGGCCGCCGUGUUUACCUUCAUCGUCCACACGUCGCUGGGCCUACCACUGACCACGCACACCGCUUAUCCCAUCGUCACCAUCUUCAACUGCAUGAGGUUCAUUCUAUCCAUGACGCCCAGUGCCGUCAAGCUCCUGGCUGAAACUGCUGCGUCUGUGGGUCGCCUGAAGAAGUUGCUGCUGAUCAAGAAUCCAGAGUCGUACAUCAGUCGGAAAACAGACUGCAGGUCAGCGGUCGUCAUGGAGAAGGCCACGCUGUCCUGGAAUAAACCAGUCCAGCACCCCGACACAGAGGACAGGCCGGACUCGGUGUCCAACUGCAGACACACUGAGGUGACGCCAACUCUGAAGAACAUCAGCUUUACCCUGAACAAGGUGAGCAGUGUUCACAGGCUACACCUCAGGAGGACAUGA